GUCUCCUCCAUGGCCCUCGACCUCUCCACUGAGGCACAGUUCAAUAACGGCGUAUCCAGUGAAUUACCUCAUUACGUGCUGCUACCGACCGAGUUGAUCGUCGUACCGGGAGGCGGGAGCAUUCUGUUUCAGGUUUCUGAUAUGGGACAGUUGUCUCUGCCCAACUACUCCGUCGAAAUUCAGAGUGGACAGUUCGUGUUACGAAAACACCCAUUCCAACCGUACACGGACCUGGAGUCAUCAGACGUCCCAACCAACCUCUCAAUCGAUAAGUGCAACUCAGUAAUAGGUUAUCGUAACCAAAGUAAUCUGGUUACCCUAGAUUACGAGGUCCCAGACAAAACGUGUUUCCCGUUUGGAGUAGAAAAUGGACCCUCGCAAAAGGCACAUUCGGGCCAUCAGAAUGGAACCUCCUUUCCGGAACGUAGUCCUGCCAAACCAGAAGCGAUGCAGGUUCUGUCUUUAGUAGAACAACCAUUGGAUGCCACACUUCCUCGUCUUCAACCUCAAAAAGACAGCAAAAGUUUACCUAAAGUAGUGCUGGAUCCAAGUAAAACUGUCGACACAUCCGUUUUGAAUCAACUGGUGUGUCAACUGCUUGAACAAAAUGGGUGUUCGUUAAAAGCACCUACUUCGACACCUCCAACAUCUACAACCAGUGCGGAAGAUUUGAUCCUAUCAGGCCAUAAUCUUUCCGCCCUGGCCCGAUUUGUUCAUCGUUUGAGGCAGUAUCGUCUGCGUGCCGGUUUAUCACAAAAUGAGCUGAGCGCAGAGCUUGCCAGGCAUUUUAACAACGAAACCAUGUUCAGUCAGUCUUUGCUAUCCAGGUUCGAGCGACUGGAGGUCAACGUAAGGGCAGCAUUUCGUUUAUUGCCUUAUCUCGAGAGUUGGCUCUCCCAUACAGAACAAAAGGGUUGCUCUUUGAUGUCCAGCGAAUCUAUUCAACCCGAUAUAACAUUGGGAAAGCGUGUGUCGGGAAGGACCAGGACAACGCAGCUAAUACGGUUGGAUUCCAUUUCGAACAACCUUGGUUGUUCUUCGGAUCAACGUCCUCACUCGUCUGUGGAUUCUCCGGUUACUGGGGGUGUCCCACAUACCAUCGCCGUUUUCAGCCAGUCAUCUGAAAAAGGGUUCGAUUCCACGUCGGCGGAUGUUGUGCCUACUACGACUUGUCAGUUAAAGAAUCCUGAGUGUCGAACGAAGCGACGGAAACGUACUCAUUUUUCAGAUUAUGUUUUGACAAUCCUUUCGGAAGCCUAUAAAGAGGAUCCACGCCCGGAAGGAGCCAAACUCACAAGACUUGCAAUGGAAACUGGUUACGAUCGCGAAGCAAUCCGCGUGUGGUUUUGCAACAGGCGUCAGGUCAGUGCCAGAACGGAGAAAGUAUCAACCUGAACCAGGUGUGACCUAGUUACUCUGGUAUCGGUAUUCAUGCAUGGGUGUGCCUCUUGACGGAUGCCGUCUCAUGAGUCAACCGGAUCGAAGUCGUCCUUACCGACCGAUCGACGAUAGGUCCUCAAUCGACAUGGAGCAUUGUUUUGUUGCUUAUCAAUCCUAAUUUAAUACAUUGCCCGCUAUGUGAC